UGUUGCAGCUCAGUUGGAGCCCGGAGAACAUCGCGAAAAGGUGUGUUUUUCGAAGCUGAGAUGAAUGACUUUUCCUCGUUUUGGUUGGGAAUGGUCGGAUCUCGAACAAAUGUUGAAUAAACUGUCUGCAGUCUUUCCAGUGCAGAAUCAUUUCGAAGUUCGAAAAAUACUAACUCUAUACAGUGAAAUACAAUUGAGUGGAUUGAGUUAAAGUUUAAUUUCUGGGGAUUUCAAACUAUUUAUCUCGUGGGCAGUAACAAAUGAAGCUCCCUGUCCUGAAGGGAUGUGAAAAUUUCUCGCCGGAUCUGUAGUGCAAACGGGAAAAAGCAUUUCGCACUGAAGGACGACAAAUAAUCAGACCUAAUUCAUGAGACGCCUUCAGGGCGGUAUGAAAAUAUUUGGCCGGAAAAAAAAGUAUAUAUCAAUAUCUCAAUCGUUUCCCUGUCGAAAUGAAACAAUAUUGAACUAGAUUCGAGUCAACAUUUGUAUAGUUUUCGAGUUGUUCAAUUGAAACAUAGCUUCAAAAGGAACAAGGACAUCACCUCGGUGGAUACGUCUGAUAAACUCUCGCAGCAAAACACACAUGAUUAAAACAAGAACGAUGCCAAGGGGUAUCGACUAUCGGACGCUAAUAGCACGUGGAAGCCCUUCCCACAGAGUGCACACCUUUAAAAUUCCUUCACGCAAGGCACGCUUCAAGUUGGCUUUAAUACUACUGAGCAUCCUGCUGGUUUUCUUGUACAGUAUCAGUCUACCUUCGUGGAUUUAUGGACCGGGUUCAGGCAAUCCAUACUGGGAGGAGGCGUUCAUAACCAAAGAUGAUGAGCAACAUUUCAACUAUAAUAGCUCUUACUUCGUCAACACAGUAGGUUGUAAAAUGCCCAGUUUACCGAUUAUGGAUGAACACAUCCAGAAGUACGUUCAAAAGGUCGAUCCGCUAAACUGCACUCCGGCAUUGAUCCAAAGUGAUAGCAACACGAUCUGGUUUCAGUUAACGGAGGAGGAUAUUGAUAAGUACUACGAACUGACGAACGCUACUUUGAUCCAAUGUUGCUAUAGAUCAUUUGAACGGCGAUCCAAUAAUGGUGUACGAAUGGUCGGCCAGGACAUUUGUUUCGACUACGGAGAACGGAUGGAGAUCGACAGCGAAUUUAUAGCCGUUAUCUGCUCUCAUCCAAGCAUAAAUAAUGUUAUUUUCUACAGAGACUUUUUUGCAUUUGUUCCACUUAAGCUUGAUGUGGAGAAUCGAUGUGAAAAAGCACGGAACGAUUUAGAAACAAAACAUGUUGUCGACGGGGAUAAACUAGGAGUGAUGAUUCUAGGCAUUGAUAGUGUUUCAAGACUGAAUUUUCACAGGCAAAUGCAUAAAACUGCCGAAUUUGUAAUAGAUCGACUAAAGGCUGUCGAAAUGUUUGGAUAUAACAAAGUCGGUGACAAUACGUACCCGAAUCUCGUACCAGUUUUAACCGGGUUGGAUGUGGAUGAGCUGGCAGCAGCAUGUCUUCCGAAUUCUAACAGUACAUUCGAUUUGUGUCCUUUUAUUUGGCAUAAGUUUGCGGAGGCCGGUUACCGUACAAUCUAUUCGGAGGACAGCAGUACGCUAGAGACGUUUAAUUAUCUCAAGAAGGGCUUCCACGACCAACCGACCGACUAUUAUCUGAGAAGCUUUUUUAGCGAGGCGGAUUCUUCUAUCGGAUAUAAUAAGAAAGCAAAUGCCAAGCUCUGUCUAGGUGGAAGAAAUCCCACUCAGAUACUGGUGGAGUAUGCUAAAAAAAUUGUUACUACUAUGACCAAUCGACUUAGCUUUUCACUACUAUGGGCUUGUACAAUGACGCACGAUCUGCUGAAUUACCCCUCUUUGGUGGACAAAGACUACAGUGACCUACUGGAGCACAUGGCCGCGAAAAACUUUUUCGAUAAGACGGCCGUUAUUUUAAUUAGUGAUCAUGGAAUACGAUGGGGGGAUUAUCGCAACACAUAUCAAGGAAUGAUGGAAGAACGGCAACCGUUCCUGUACUUAAUUCUCCCUUCAUGGUUUCAACAAAAGUAUCCGACCGCCUACCGUAAUCUACGCCAAAACCGGCAACGUUUGACGUCGCCUUUCGACUUAUACGAAACGUUAAAAGAUUUGGUUGACUUAUCUUCAUUGACACAUACAGCAAUAAAGAAGCGCUCCACUGAAUUGCUUGAAACAAAACCCGUACCUCGUGGAAUCAGUCUUUUUAUGCCCAUCGCACCCACACGAACUUGUGAAGACGCAGGGAUCGCUGCCCACUGGUGCACAUGCCAUGACCACAAACCGAUCGCUACCAACGACUAUCGCGUAGUGACUGCUACAAGAUUCACUGUCGAAAGUUUGAAUGAAAUGUUGAAGAAGUAUCCUCAGUGCAGCGUACUCCAUUUGUAUACGAUCGAGGACGCCAGUCUGGGUGUUUCAUCGGAGGAAAUAUUAUCCAAGAAACCGACCAAUCAAUUCAGUGAUAUCAGUGUACGUUUCGUGACGAGGCCAGGCGGAGCUGAGUUCGAGGCAACGAUUAGGAUUGAUUCAAGAAAUCAAAGUUCGUUAACUGGUAGUGUAAGCCGGACCAAUCUGUAUGGGAAGCAGAGCUACUGUGUGGAUGAUUAUCGUAUGAAAUUAUAUUGCUUUUGUACGAGAUAGUUUAACAGCAGUAACUGGAAUAUGUUUGCGUGUUCUUCAAAUCGAAGAAUUGAUAAAUGUGAUUUAUUUUGUGAUUAGGUACUAGAAAACAAGGGAUAUGAUUUGUAUUUUACGUAAGCUGAUGAAGAUAACCUCGAUUUUUAAGAAUUAUCUAAUAUUUAAGAGGGAGUGCGGUAUUCAUGAUUGAAAUAAACGACAAAUAAGCGGUUUUGUUUUAUCGCAAUAUUUCAA